UAUACGAAUUAAUAAAUGAAACCCAACUCACAUAUAUUUGACCAGAGGAAUAAAAUUAAACAAAAAAAAAAAAGAAUUGAACGGAAUCACAGAAAAAACCAACCAACCAACCAACCAGCCGGCCUGUCACAUAUGGAAAGGACGUCCUGGAAAAAAGGACAUUAUUAACGGAAGUUUGAAAGAAAAUAAGAAAUGUGUUGACAUCUGUGAUAGCUUGAAGUGAUAAAAUUACGAAUUAAUAAAAAUUUCAAGAAAUUUUAUAAUAAAAAAUUAAAAAAAAAAAUCAUUCAUAAGGAAUAAGGAUAAAAAAAAUAAUAAAGUGAUAUGCAUAUUUCAAGUGAAGUUAGUUCAACAACAUCACAAACGCAACAAGAUGGUAGUCGCCCAAGUCGAAGUAGUGCUAACAACAACAACAAUAACAAUAGCAAUAGUAUAAGUUCCAGAAAUAAUAACAACAAUAGUGCAUCAAGUAAAAAACCUGUCGACAAUAGUCCAUAUUUGACACCAGAGAAUCUUAUUGAACGAACUGUUGAUGGACUUUUGGCUGAACAUCCUGGAGAAUUAGUUAAAACUGGAUCGCCUCAUGUUGUAUGUACAGUGCUACCAACCCAUUGGCGUUCCAACAAAACCCUACCAAUUGCCUUCAAAGUUCUAGCGCUAGGUGAUGUUAUGGAUGGAACAAUUGUAACAAUACGUGCUGGUAAUGAUGAAAAUUUCUGUGGUGAAUUGCGUAAUUGUACAGCAGUAAUGAAAAAUCAAGUAGCGAAAUUUAAUGAUUUGCGAUUUGUUGGAAGAAGUGGUCGAGGGAAAAGUUUUAGUCUAACCAUCGUGAUAUCAUCAUCCCCCGUCCAAGUAGCAACUUAUAUUAAAGCCAUCAAAGUGACAGUUGAUGGUCCCCGUGAGCCAAGGUCAAAAGUGCGCCAUCAAGGAUUUCAUCCGUUUGCAUUUGGCCCGCAGCGAUUUGGUCCGGAUCCACUUAUGGGUGGCUUAUCGUUCAAAUUGCCAGGUUUUGCCCACCAUUUAGCUGGCAUGCACGGUCAUUUGCACGCUCCAGAUUGGCGUUCAUUAGGUGCGAAUCCAGCCCUAGGUCGUCCUGGCUUUCCUCAUGGUGCGGCAUUUUUCCAUCACCAACAUCCUGGAUUUCCUCCCCAUGUCCUAGCAAAUACAUUAGAACGUUUAGAUCGGCCAGGAAUUCGAUCAAUAAGUGAAAAUCACCAUCUAGCUCAACUUAGUCAAUUAUCAGCAUCAUGUAAUCCACACAGUACAACCAGUCCCGAAGGAUCACCGAACACGUGUCCUCCAACAGCCAAUUCAGCUCUUCAUAAUACAAAUUCUGCCUCCUCGCCGUUAACAAGUGAAAACGAUAACAACAACAACAUCGACGCCGGUUUCGAAAGUGAUAGCAUAUCUGUGACCGGAUCGCCUAGAAAAAGCACCUCGCCACAUGAAGAUGACGACCGAAGGACGCCCUCACCACAAACCGGUGCAUUUACAGCCCUAAUUCAACGUAAUCCAUCCCUGAGAAAAAAUGAGUUAUUUUCUGGAUUUGCUUCGCAAUUCCAACAACCACACGGAUUUAAUCCAGCCUUAGCCGCCCAACUUUUCCUCCAAAAUCCACUCAUUCCACAACCAAGUCAAUGGCUAUAUACUCAACUCUAUGGAAACUAUCAUGAUCUUCCUUGGUUUCGGAAUGGCACAUCGACUAGCAGUACUAACAGUAGUAAUGCCACAUCGAAUGGGAGUCUUCAAGAUGCUGUAGCGGGUGUUAAUUUGGUCAAGAGAUGUGUCACCUUAGUUUCACAUUCCAACGACGAGAAAGACAGUGAAAAUGCAAAUCCAAAUGCGUCGCCUCCGGUCACCUCCACACGAAGAUCACCCUCGCCAGCGGACAUAGUUGACGAUCGAAGUAAUCGCAGCGGAAGUAGCUUGGGACCGAUGCGUUGCAGAACGCCAAAACAGUCUGAUGUCUGGAGACCGUACUAGUAUAGAGAUUGUCUGCACGUAGAUAUUUUUUUUAGAUAUAAAAUGUUGUGAAUUUUCAUAUCCCCCAAGCACAGAAUCGCGCAGUGUAUUUGUGCCACACAUAUCGAAUUUAAUUUAAUAACAAAGAAAAAGAAAGAGACAGCAGAUGAUUUUGUUUAAAGAUAAAAACAGAAAAUUAAUAAUAAUAAUAAUAAAAAAAAAAAAAAUAGAUAAAUGAGUUUAACAAAAAUUAUUGCGAUGUGUAUAAAAAAAACUUAGAUACUUUUAAAAACAAGGAACUUAAUAUAAUUAAGAAAAAAAUAUUUAAAAACUAAAGAAAUCCAAAUUAAUGAACGGAAGAGCUGAAGUUAAUUUUUC